GAACUUCCAGAGCAUUUACAAUUUUUCUUAAAGGAAACCAGAUCAAAUUUAGAUAUAGAAUCAAUAGUAUAUCCUACUUAUAAUACUAAAGGUGAUUUUAAAGUGGUGGUAAAUGAAUUUUGUGAAUGGUUGGAAAUUAUUGUUAAAGAACGUGAAGAUGAAAUUAAAUUUGAUUAUCGUAACGAUAGUGGACAAGUUUUGGUUUGUUUAUUUGGACAUUCUAUGGGUGGAAUUUUAGGUGCCGAUGCAAUUUUAAAAUAUAGAAUAAAUUCUUCCGUUAUUCAAAAUCCACCAAAGAUAAUUGGUUUAAUUGGGUUUGAUACACCUUAUUAUG